UAACAUAUCUAUUCUAGAAAAAAAUAAUUCAUAUUCAAUCUGACGCGCUAGGAUAGGCUUCGCAGAUAACGACUAGGUGAGCGCUUCGUGCUUAUACAUACAUUUUAAAUUUCCGAAAAAUCGGAUUCGGAGAGCAGGGGUGCUGAAUACGCGAUGGGAUAGUUUCGUCAAACCGGUGGCACCGCACGCCAAGCCUAAUACAUAAUUCCUUCUCGAAUGGCCGCAUGAAAUACCGGGGUGAGAGAGCGUCCGUUUCGCCAGAGCGACCGGACCGGGCCCCGCGCACGCACGCUCGAUUUUCGAUCGCAGGGGGCGCAGGGGGGUACCGGUGAUCGCAAAUCGUCCUCGUAACGCGGAAGCCGGUGCCGCUGUCGCAAGGUGGCCUCUUAAGCAUUCGAGCGCCGUCCCGAGGACGCGCGCGCAUUCGGUUUCACUUCUGGGCCGGUGGCACUUUCCACGCCGACCGAAUUCACACACACCGAAUCCUUAGCGAAGGAGAUCGCUCCGAUUCGGGCCCCGCGAGGUUGGCGCCAUGGGCCCCCCUUCGACGGGGCCGGUUCCCCGUGGAUCAGGGAAAAGCGCGAACCGCGAAAUCCCGCCGCCGCCCAAAGUGGCGCCACCUGCCAUUUCCGAGCGCCGCUAGGGGUAUAUAAGCGCCGCGCCGGGGCCGCCACCCGCCACUCGUAGGGGAGCUCGCGAGCGCGGUGGACCUACCCUACGGUAUGUGCGUUUCACGGUAGAUAUCGGUACAUAUAAACUUCAUUUUCUCGACCAUUCGCCCGCGGUAAAUUAUUUCUUUCUCCUUUAGCGGCGCGUAAAGUCGGUCGCCGGUUCUUUUUUUUUUUUUUUGAGCCGAUCAAGGACCGGUCGCAGAGAUAUCCGAAAUUGGAGCAGACGUCCUGAACCUGUUCGCGGGCCAGGAUACGAACGAGACGUGAGACUCAGUGUGAGUAUGUUGGAAGAUUUUAGGUAACGCAUUCAGGGCCAAGACACUCGUUUUGGUGUUGAUUGCGUUAACCCUAUCGCUAUUAACCCUUUGAGUACGAAACUCUUUCGACAUGGGAAAGAUUCAUCAAUGCGUGCUGGCAAUAUUAGACUAAGCUUUGGACGCUUUUAGUCGUCAAAGGGUUAACACUAGAACUGCCAGCGGAUUUUUCUUGGCUACGGUGGGUCAUUUAAAACCAGUCAUUUUUAUUGAGCUCGGUAAUUCUAGGGUUAACGUCAGUAUUUAUAGCGAACCAUAGGUAUGAUAUAAGUAAACGGUUAUUUGGUUAUGGCUGAGAAAGGGUUAAAGGGGUGGAGUAUCUCGAACCCUGGUUAUCUAGAUGUUUGUUAUUGCCCGGAACUUGCACCGCUCUGUGAACCAUAAUAAUUAGACCCCAGGUCUAUGGGGCCUAUGGUCCCACUUAGAGGGGGCGGGCGCGAAAGGGAAUCGCGAAAGCGUUAAGUCGCGAUAACAAAGCGGAAUAAAAUUAGGAAAGCGCCGCCGCACUCUCCCCGCGUAGUUCGAAAUAACCGCGUCCAAUUUGACGUAACGCGUUGAAAGUAGCCAUCGCGUGCGAACCGUAUAUUAACGCAGUAUGUACACGUAAACGUGGGUUACCCCGGAAUCGCACACCAAUCCAUUGCCACACGGUGCCCAGAUUUACAAACGGUAAUUAAACACCCAGUAGAGCAUCCCCAUAAUGUUCACACCCUAUCGUACCGCAAAAUGACCAAGUCGUUCCAUAAGUUCGCAGCUUCUUUAUAACGUACACUGGGAGACAUCAAUGCCCUCCCAUCCUGCACAGGCGAUGCCGUAUCUACAGGGGAGGCAUUCAUGUCCGCCAUUGUACACUCACACCUAAACUGCAAGAAACGCAGGACAUCGGAUACCUCGGUGGAGUUUCGCGCCAAACACAUCAAUGGCUCGUUCCGUUGCGGAAAAAAGGAACCAUUGAAUUUUUACUUCGCCCUCGAACUUAUGGAACGGUCCAAUAAAGGCGAGGUGCUGAUUACGUGUUCUUUUAUCAGGUCGAGGUGUUGUCACGUUUCCAGAGAUUCGUCGGCUUGGCUUGGGGUAAAGUAGUCGAGGUGCGUAAAGAGUCCCGGACUCGCAGCGUGCGUCGUCAGGACACAGGAGAAAGAGCCACGGGGAUGCUGUCCCCGCUGAUCUUGGUGGUGGCGGUCGCAGGGUGCGCCCUUGCUCGACCCGAACCACCGUCCUCUUAUCUACCACCGUCAGGACCCUCCUCGUUGGGUCCAUAUCCUCAGAGCAGUUACGGUCCACCGAUUCGGCAACAGCAGCCCGUCGUCCACAAACAUGUCUACGUUCACGUGCCGCCACCCGAGGCUCCUGAAUAUAAACCUCCAAAGUACACCGCACCUCCGCAGCCACCGCAGAAGCAUUACAAGAUCGUCUUCAUAAAGGCCCCGACGCCACCCACCCCGACGGCUCCUGCUUUGCCUGCUCUUCCACUUCCUGACGAGGAGAAGACGCUCAUCUACGUCCUGGUGAAGAAACCCGAGGAGGCCCCCGAGGUCGUCCUUCCCACGCAGCCGCCGACGCAGCCCAGCAAACCCGAGGUCUACUUCAUCAGGUACAAGACGCAGGAGCAGCAGCAGAAUGCGGAGUACGGGCCGCCGCCGCCGUCAGCGCCACAGUCGCCACCCCCGGACAGUUAUGGCGCACCCCCGUCGCACCCUGGGGGAGGUUCCUUCGGACCGUACUAGCCGACCACUCCAUGAGA